AUGGCUGACAACAAAGUGAAAUCGACCAAACCAGCGAAUAAGACUCCUCCGAAGUCUCCUUCAGAUCCAACAAAGGACCGAGCAGCAAAACGAUUAUCCUGUGAUUCAAACAGCUCCCAUGAAGGGGCUAUGGCAGGAGAAAUAAGUGCUCUGGAAGAGGCCUUUAGAAAAUUUGCUGUCCAUGGUGAUACAAGAGCCACAGGAAAAGAAAUGCAUGGGAAGAACUGGUCAAAGCUAUGUAAGGACUGCCAUGUGAUAGAUGGGAAGAACGUGACAACCACAGAUGUUGACAUUGUUUUCAGUAAAAUCAAGGGAAAGUCUUGCAGAACUAUCACUUUUGAGCAGUUUAAGGAAGCUCUUCAAGAACUCUCGAAGAAGCGAUUUAAAGACAAGAGUGAUGAGGAAGCAGUUCAGGAAAUAUAUAAACUAAUUGAAGGAAAAGCCCCGAUUAUAUCUGGAGUAACGAAAGCUGUUUCAUCUCCAACUGUAUCACGCCUUACAGAUACUACGAAAUUCACGGGUUCUCACAAAGAGAGGUUUGAUCCCAGUGGGAAAGGAAAAGGCAAAGCUGGCCGAGAAGAUCUGGUGGAUACUUCAGGAUAUGUAUCUGGUUAUAAGCAUGCAGGCACAUACGAUCAUAAAGUACAAGGAAACAAGUAAGGCUGAGGGUUUACAGCACAGAGGGGGAAAGAAUAUAUAUUUGUAAGAAUGAUGUUAUGAAUCCCACAUGUUUUGGUUAUUGUGAAUGUUGAGACUAUGUUGUCAAGAAGUUGUCUUCAGGAACUGGAACUGAUUUCAACAUCUGCUGAGCUACUUGCAGCACAAUGCCACUUCAUUACAUUCCUCAUGCAUAUAUUGGCAAAAAUAAGUAAAUACAUAGGUACAAAAAAUACAUCAUUUUGUUGAGCUUUAGACAAAAAUAAAUACCCCACCAACAAGCAACAAAGCCAAAGUCAAGAGCAGUUAUGCCACACUUUGUCAAU